AUGCCUGCCCUCAAGCCUGGCGACAGCUUUCCCAGCGAUGUCGUGUUCCAGUACAUCCCCUACACGGAGGAAAAAGGCGACAUCACCUCUUGCGGCAUUCCGGUCAACUACAACGCCUCGCAGGAGUGGGCGGACAAGAAGGUGGUGCUGUUUUCCGUGCCGGGCGCCUUCACACCCACCUGCUCCGUGAACCACCUGCCCGGUUACAUCCGGAAUCUCCCAAAACUGAAGGAAAAAGGCGUCGACAUAGUCGCCGUGCUGGCCUUCAACGAUGCCUAUGUGAUGAGCGCUUGGGGGAAGGCGAACAACGUGCGUGACGACUCGAUUCUGUUCCUUUCCGACCCCGACGCCAAGUUCUCCAAGAGUAUUGGCUGGGCGGACGAGAAGACGGGCCGGACGGGUCGUUAUGCGCUUGUCAUUGACCAUGGCAAGGUCACCUAUGCGCAGAUUGAGACGGAGAGGGGUGUUGUUAAGGGUUCUGGCGCUGAGGCGGUGCUUGCGUCGCUGUGA